AUGGCGAGCAAGCUCUUCCCGUCACUGCUCCGCUGCGGCAUGCGGCGCUCUGCCUCGCGCGUCGCCUCCCGCCCACAGACGCAGAUGCGCUCCCUGUCCGUCUCUGCUCGCCGGCCAAGCGACGCGCUGCAAGUGCACCGAAACUCGGCAGAAAACAACCCCGACAUCCCCUUCAAGUUCAACGAGCAGAACGAAAAUGUCAUUGCCGAGAUCCUCAAGCGCUACCCGCCGCAGUACAAAAAGGCCGCCGUCAUGCCCCUGCUGGACCUUGGCCAGCGCCAGCACGGCUUCACCAGCAUCAGCGUCAUGAACGAGGUCGCCCGCCUGCUCGAGAUGCCGCCGAUGCGCGUCUACGAGGUCGCCACUUUCUACACCAUGUACAACCGCACCCCGGUCGGCAAGUUCUUCAUCCAGGCAUGCACGACGACCCCCUGCCAAUUAGGCGGCUGCGGCUCCGACGUCAUCGUCAAGGCCAUCAAGGCACACCUCGGCAUUACCCAGGGCGAGACGACGCCCGACGGCCUCUUCACCUUUAUCGAGGUCGAGUGCCUCGGGGCCUGUGUCAACGCGCCCAUGAUCCAGAUCAACGACGACUACUACGAAGACCUGACCCCCGAGUCCGUCACCGAGCUCCUCAAGGCCCUCAAGGACAGCACCUCUCCCUCCUCCCCCUCCGCCAAGAUUCCCGGCCCCGGACCCCUGAGCGGCAGGCAGACGUGCGAGAACAGCAAGGGCCAGACGAAUUUAUUGCAGGAGCCCUGGGGCGCCGAGAAGACGAGGGCAGACCUGUAA